AUGAGCCUUCUCUUCACGAUUCCUACAUCUCCCAACCCAGGCGCAAUUUGCGCUCUAUCGCCUUCUUCAGAGAACUGCUACAUUGCAUACCCUUUACCGAAGCCUCGGGAGGACUCAGGAGACAAGAGACCAGCCCACGCGCCUCCCCUCUCAACAUACGUUGCGCCGACAUCGGGAGAGGUUUUGGUAUUCGACACGCUUACAUUGAAGGCUGUGAAUGUCAUUGAGGCUCAUCGUUCACCACUGUGCUGCAUCUGCCUCAAUAGUGAAGGAACGCUCUUGGCCACAGCAAGCGAGACUGGUACCAUCAUCCGCGUCUUCUCGGUCCCUGGAGGUCAGAAACUCUACCAGUUCCGCCGGGGGACCUAUCCAUCCACCAUUUACAGCAUGUCAUUCAACCUCAGCUCUACCCUUCUCUGCGUUUCCUCAACAUCCGACACAGUUCACAUCUUUCGUCUCGGAGCACCUCCUCCAGGCAACAAUUCUGCCGCCGCCGCAGCAGAGACACCUGCUUCACCUCGCCAGGAUCGCUGGUCGAGGUCACGCAGCUAUGACAGCAAUAAUGAGUCGCCUGUGGGGAGUGCGGCUGGUUCUCCACGAAGCGACCUGGCGGAACCCGCUGGGCUAGGUAACGGCGGCUCUGCUCAUCCCCAGCAACAGAUCAACAGGCGGCAAAGUGGCUCGUUUAGUAGCAUGCUGCGGCGCUCGUCGCAGAUUAUGGGUCGCAGCGUGGCCGGCGUCGUUGGAUCAUAUUUGCCGCAGACGGUAACAGAGAUGUGGGAGCCCCUCAGAGACUUUGCGUACAUCAAGAUUCCAAAGUCUUCCAACUCGCCGACUGGCCAAGCCCGUGGGAACAACAACGCGGGCGGGUCGCAGCCGCUGACUGGCCCGCUUCGAAGUGUCGUGGCCAUGAGCAGCAGCAGUCCUCAGGUAAUGGUGGUCACUAGUGACGGUGGCUUUUAUGUGUACAACAUUGACAUGGAGCAUGGCGGAGAGGGCUACCUGGUCAAACAAUUCUCAGUCAUUGACGGCGACGACAAAUUGGACGCGUCCUCGUACGGCACAUGA